AUGUGUCGGGUUUGUUUUCGUCUGAUGUGGCCGGUGUUCACAAAAACUGAAGAAGUUUUUAAAGUGAAGAAAUCAAGUUACAGCAAAAAGAUUGUAAAACAAUUGAAGAAAGAAUACAAAGAAGAUCUUGAAAAAUCAAAAGUUAGAGCAGAAGUUAAUUCUCCAACAGAUGUCGAACCACCACUAGAAAAGACAGGACAGAUUAAGGAUAUAGGUCAAGAGGAUGGGACUGCAAACAGUGAGCAUGGUGAAGAAGAAAUGGAAGUUGAAAGUGAGAAGGAAGAAGAAAAACCAAAAGCUGGUGGGGCUUUUUCAAGUGCUCUGUCAUCACUGAAUGUUCUCCGGCCAGGAGAAAUUCCAGAUGCUGCUUUUAUUCAUGCCGCUAGGAAAAAACGUCAAAUGGCUCGUGAACUUGGAGACUUUACCCCCGUUGACAGUGAACCAGGUAAAAGCCGCCUUGUUCGAGAAGAUGAAAAUGAUGCCAGUGAUGAUGAAGAUGAUGACGAGAAGAGGAGGAUAGUUUUUGCAGUGAAGGAAAAAUCCCAAAGGCAAAAGAUUGCUGAGGAAAUAGGCAUUGAGGGAAGCGAUGAUGAAGCAUUGGUGGCAGGGGAGCAAGAUGAAGAACUCAGCAGAUGGGAGCAAGAACAGAUACGGAAAGGAAUCAACAUACCUCAGGUUCAACCAAGUCAGCCUGCUGAAGUGAAUAAUGUGUACUACCAGAACACUUACCAGACACUGUCUUAUGGUUCAUCAUAUGGCAUUCCGUACACUUACGCUGCAUAUGGAUCAUCGGAAACCAAGUCUCAAAAAACAGAUAAUACAGUUCCUUUCAAAACUCCCAGUAAUGAGAUGACUCCUGUUACUAUUGAUUUGGUAAAGAAACAGCUUAAAGACAGGUUGGACUCUAUGAAAGAAUUGCACAAAGCUAAUCGGCAGCAAUAUGAGAAACAUCAGCAAAGCCGAGAGGACUCUACCAAGGCAAUUGAAAGAUUAGAAGGGUCUUCUGGGGGUAUUGGUGAACAGUAUAAGUUUUUGCAAGAAAUGCGAGGGUAUGUCCAAGACUUGCUUGAGUGUUUCAGUGAAAAGGUGCCUCUGAUUAAUGAGCUUGAAUCCGCAAUGCACCAGCUGUACAAACAGCGAGCUUCCCGCCUUGUCCAAAGACGACAAGAUGAUAUUAAAGAUGAAUCUUCGGAGUUUUCAAGCCAUUCAAAUAAAGCACUGAUGGCACCAAAUCUUGAGUCUUUUGGACGAGACAGGGUGAUCUACCAAGAACAAGUAAAGCGUCGGACUGCAGAAAGAGAGGCUAGAAGAGCUCGUCGUAGACAAGCAAGAGAGCAAACUGGGAAGAUGGCAGAUCACCUUGAAGGCCUUUCCAGUGAUGAUGAGGAAACUUCAACGGAUAUUACAAACUUCAACUUGGAGCGAGAUCGUAUAUUGAAAGAAUCCAGCAAAGUUUUUGAAGAUGUUUUGGAAAGCUUUUACUCAAUUGAUUGUAUUAAGUCACAGUUUGAAGCUUGGCGCUCAAAGUAUUUUGCUUCUUAUAAGGAUGCUUAUAUUGGCCUCUGUUUACCAAAGCUGUUUAACCCUUUAAUCAGACUUCAGCUGCUUAUCUGGACUCCUUUGGAGGGCAAGUGUCGAGAUUUUGAGACUAUGUUGUGGUUUGAAUCAUUGCUUUUUUACGGCUGCGAAGAACAGGAGCAAGUGAAAGAUGAUGCUGAUAUUUCACUAUUGCCUACCAUUGUAGAGAGAGUUGUCCUUCCGAAAUUAACAGUGAUUUCUGAAAAUAUAUGGGAUCCUUUUUCUACAACACAAACAACUAGAAUGGUAGCAAUUGUACAGAAACUAGUGGAUGGAUAUCCUUCAGUGGUGAAUGCAGAAAACAAAAAUACACAAAUGCUUUUAAAGGCAUUGUUGCUAAGAAUGAGGAGAACACUAGAUGAUGAUGUAUUCAUGCCCUUAUAUCCAAAAAACAUCUUAGAAAACAAGAACUCUGGUCCAUAUUUGUUUUUCCAACGUCAGUUUUGGUCCUCUGUUAAGUUAUUAGGAAACUUUCUCCAGUGGUAUGGAAUCCUUUCAAACAAAACUCUCCAGGAACUGUCAAUAGAUGGUCUGCUAAAUAGAUAUAUACUUACGGCUUUUCAAAACUCUGAGUAUGGAGAGGACAGCAUUAAGAAAGCUCAAAGUGUAAUUGCUUGCUUUCCUAAACAGUGGUUCAGUAAUCUAAAAGGAGACAAGACUAUUUCUCAAUUAGAAAACUUCUGUAGAUACCUUGUUCAUCUGGCUGAUACAAUUUAUAGAAACAGCAUUGGUUGCUCUGAUGUAGAGAAGAGAAAUGCAAGGGAGCACAUAAAGCAGAUUAUAAAGCUUCUAGCAAGUAUCCGAGCACUGGAUCAUGCUAUGACAGUUGCAAAUGAUCACAAUGUAAAAGAGUUAAAGAUUUUAAUAGAAGGAAAAUAGACUUUUCCAACAACUCAUUUUGAGCUUUAAAACCAUUCCUGACGUGUAAUUUAUGUACAUAUGUAAAGUUUCUUAAACUGUAAAGUAUUGAUCUUUGUUUUAAUACAAAGUGCAUUCUUAUAUACAGCAUCCUUAAAAAAAUGAAUUUGAAAACAAAAAUGAAAUCCCAAGAUUGUCAUUUUUCCAGAAAUCAGAUUUUCCUUAAAGUUUCUCAACCUUGUUUAUAAAAAUCCAUUGUUCCCAUGAUUAGCAGCCAUCUACUCCUGUCAAUUGUUCCAUGGUUAACUGGAAUGUGUAUAAAAUAUUAUGUGUAAUACAAUGUAUGCAUAUAUUUAUACCACCAUGUUGCUUUUCACACUGUGUAUAGAGAUCUUUUACUGUUGGAAUAAGCUUUUCAUUUGCUAAAAACUACUUAUUUUGACAAUAAAACGAUCACGUUAUUGGUCAAAAGGGCUGGCAAAACAUUCAAAUAUGUAAAAAAAAUUUGAGCUAAAGAGUAGAGACCCUUUCAAAUGGAACCUCACCUUUAAAAAGCAGCUGUGC